UAGAGUGCAGACACGGCGUAGGUGUAGUGCAAUAAAGAUACAUAAUUUUUAUCGUGAAUUCGUGUCGCUCUGCUUUACCAUUUCUUUCCCGUGGGACCUAGUACCUUUUUUUUUUAAAUUUUUUUAUUAAAGACAAAAACUCCCUAGGCUACUCGAGACCCAUUGGAGUGAUUACAAAUAAACCUUACAUGUUUAGUACUACAAUAUAAAGAUAAUAGUUUAAAAUCCUUACAUAUAAUAGGUUAUACAAAUUAUAAGGACUUUUCUUGGUGUUUUAAGAAGUACUGAAUAUGGCACAAAAGAAAAAAGUGCUUAUGAUUUGUCUAGGAAAUAUUUGUCGUUCGCCCAUAGCUGAAGCUGUAUUUAUUGAUCAAAUAAAUAAAUUAGACUUAAACGAUUCAUGGCAAGUAGAAAGUGCAGCUCUAAUAGGAUACCAUACAGGUAAAAAUCCAGAUCAUAGAGCUAUGUCUACAUUAAGAGAAAAGGGUAUCACUAAUUAUUCUCAUAAAGCAAGACCAAUCAGUGAAAGUGAUUUUAUCAGAUUUGAUUGGAUAUUUGGAAUGGAUAAGAGUAAUAUUCAGGAACUUAAUGAUAUGAAACCCAGUAAUUGUACUGCUAAAAUUGAACUUCUUGGAAAUUAUGAUCCAGAAGGAGAAGUCAUAAUAAGAGAUCCUUACUAUGAUAGCAACAGUGCUGGAUUCCAUAAGGCAUAUGAACAAUGUGUAAGAAGUAUAAAAGCGUUUUUAGAACAGCAUAAAGAUAAAGGAUUGUGACCAAAAUGAGCUUUAGAAAUAAUUUAAACUUACAAUUAUUUAAAUAUUGUGUAUUAACAAAAUAAAUAUUCAUUAUCCUUUUAAUAAUACGGAAACAUGUCUGUGAGUGACGCUGAGACAUUGUACGCAUGCUCGAAUACAAGGCAGAAAAA